UCAGUAUGCAUACACUCUCCUACGAAACAUAGUGGAAAAAAAUAUAUUCGUCGAUGUAAACAAGCGGUGAAAAAGGAGACACUUUUCGACGAGUGAUUUGUAUGAAGUUCCACUGCCGUGAUAAAAGUGUAAAAUCAAAAUCGAAUUGUCCGGCAGGAUGAAGUGCGCUUUAAUGGUCGCAGAGAAACCAUCCCUUGCUGCAUCGCUAGCAGCUAUACUUAGCAAUGGGAAAUGUUCUUCUAGGAAAGGAUUGAACAAUGCAUGUUCUGUGCAUGAAUGGAUAGGAAAUUUUCAUGGCGAUCAAACUAAGUUUAAAAUGACCUCAGUUUGUGGUCAUAUCAUGGGAUUAGAAUUUGUCGGUAAAUUCAACUCGUGGGAUAAAGUUGAUCCGGCUGAAUUGUUCUCUUGCCCCACCGAGAAGAAGGAAUCGACACCAAACCUUCGAAUGCCACACUUCCUCAGUCAGGAAGCUAAGGGAUGCGAUUACUUGAUAUUAUGGCUCGAUUGUGAUAAGGAGGGAGAAAACAUUUGCUUUGAAGUGAUGGCUGCUGUUUCUGGUAUUAUUCGUAACGUCUUCUCAAAUCGUGUUACGUAUCGGGCUAAAUUCUCGGCAAUCACGGAAAAAGAUAUUAAAUACGCAAUGGAGAACUUAACGCAUCCGAACGCAAACGAAGCGAAAUCUGUUGACGCGCGACAGGAAUUAGAUCUCCGAAUAGGAUGCGCCUUUACCCGGUUCCAGACCAAAUUUUUCCAGGGAAAGUAUGCAGAUCUGGAUGCUUCGUUGAUUUCCUAUGGACCGUGUCAAACCCCGACACUGGGAUUCUGUGUCCAACGGCACGACGAAAUUCAAACGUUCAAGCCCGAAAGCUUCUGGUACCUGCAUGUUGCAGUGGGCGAAAAAGCUGAGAAUCAACUGGAUUGGGCGAGGGUUAGAAUUUUCGAAAAGGAAGUAGCGUGUAUGUUUUUGAAUAAAAUUAAAGACUGCAAAGAAGCUUUAGUUGAGAAUGUUUCUUCUAAAGAAACAUUUCGUUCGAGACCUCAAGCACUGAACACUGUUGAGCUUAUGAGAGCAGCAAGUGCCGGAUUGGGCAUUGGACCGCAUACAACUAUGCAAAUCGCCGAAAAACUUUAUACGCGCGGUUACAUAAGCUAUCCAAGAACGGAAACGACACAAUAUCCAGCAAAUUUUGAUCUGCGUGGUGUUGUGAAGCUUCUACAACAUUCUUCCGACUUUGGUGAGGAGGCAAAACUAUUAAUUGGCGAUAUGAACUCUGCUCGUAAGGGAACUGAUGUUGGAGAUCACCCCCCUAUAACACCAAUGAAAUUGGCCAGUCGCAACGAAUUGGAUGGUGACACUUGGCGAGUAUACGAUUACAUUUGUCGACACUUCCUUGCAACUGUUUCUCGAGAUCUAAAAUAUCGACUAACGACAACAAAAUUCAGAAUAGGAAACGAACUAUUUACGAACACUUCGAGUGUUUUAAUUGAUCCUGGAUAUACGAAAGUAAUGACAUGGCAAGCAUUCGGGAGGAACGAAACCAUUACGCCAUUCUGCGUCAACGAGAAGGUAAAAAUCGCCGAAGUGCGGCUGGCUGAGAGCCAAACAGGUCCACCAGACUAUUUGACCGAAUCUGAACUGAUUUCAUUGAUGGAAAAACAUGGAAUAGGAACAGACGCCUCAAUUCCCGUUCACAUAAAUAACAUUUGCCAGCGAAAUUAUGUUAGUGUCGGCGGAGGACGAACUCUCACACCUACUAAUCUAGGGAUAGUAUUAGUACAUGGAUAUCAAAAGAUCGAUCCUGAAUUAGUUCUUCCGACAAUGCGAUCGGCUGUGGAAGAACAGUUGAAUCUCAUUGCUCAUGGUUCGGCAGAUUUCCAUUCAGUGCUGAAGCAUGCAGUUGAAAUCUUCCGUCUUAAGUUUCUAUAUUUCGUUCAGAAUAUUAGCAGUAUGGACAUUCUUUUCGAAGCCACGUUUUCUUCACUGUGCUCUUCGGGGAAAUCUUUGUCGCGAUGUGGGAAAUGUCGACGUUAUAUGAAAUAUAUUCAAUCAAAACCAUCUCGCUUACAUUGUUCACAAUGCGAUGAAACAUACACUUUACCUACAAAAGGCAUUGUACGUGUUUAUCGUGAACUCAAGUGUCCAUUGGACGAUUUUGAGUUACUUGCUUGGAUAAAUGGUACAAAAGGAAAAUCGUACCCGUUGUGUCCAUACUGUUACAAUCAUCCCCCAUUUAGGGAUAUGGUGAAAAAUUCCGGAUGUAACAGCUGUCCACAUCCAACAUGCGCUCACUCUUUAUCCAGUCUGGGUGUAUCCAGUUGCAUUGAAUGUGAUCGAGGUGUUCUCGUGCUAGAUUGUACUAUGUCUCCUAAAAACUGGAAAUUAGUCUGCAACUAUUGCGAUGUUAUCAUUAAUUGUUUUGAUGACGCAAUCAAAGUCAACGUCGAAGCGGAAUCCUGUGACGAAUGUGGAGCACAACAAGUAACCGCUAUCUAUAAAGCGGAGAAAACACCCUUCAAGAACGAGGUAACCGAGAAAAAAGGCUGCAUUUUUUGCUUUUCGGACUUCAUUCCACUGGUUGAAAAGCAUAAGGCCGUUGAAAUGCGCCGUGGUCAAAAUGGUCGCGGAAGAGGACGUAGCGUACGCGGCCGAGGAGGAAAAAGCAGCAGAGGACGUAACAAACCCCCGAAAGAUAAAAUGGCACAACUCGCUGCUUAUUUCGUUUGAAAAUAACGCUGUCAUAAUUACAACAAUCUAUUGCGAAUGUGAAAAUAAAUAUCAAGUACUGUGUGGUUCCACAAUUUGUUUGAAUUCGAAGAUGCAGUAAAUGCUGAACAAAAGGCCAUUUUCGUCGCGGUUGCGUAUAUAUUUUGAGUAGGAACUUAGCACUUAUUUAUUUAUGUACACAGUCUCUAUACAGUCUUCGCCAAAAAAAAGCCGGACAGACUAAAAUUAAUUAUUGAUCCUUGUGCUAAACACAUUUCUGGUCAUAUGAAAUUCAAACAAAUGAAAUACUUUAUUAAAACGUUGGCAACAUACAUCCAAUUGGUUAUUUUGUCCGUAUAGAGUACGAUGCGUUGCUUGCCGAAAGAAAACAGAUUGUCUGGUUGAUAUACCUGGAGCGUUGAUUCGAAGCUUGCCCGAAAGUUCUCCACAGUCAAGAUUAUUGCUGAGAAUGUCGAAAAUCAGCAGUCUCUGGAGAAACUCACGACGUUUUUGCAGUGUCGGUAAGUGAAUCAGUGUUCAGCGUUCAUUGUAUGAGGUCAAAUGUGUGAUGCUACGCCACACAGUGGUUACUGAGAAAAUCUUGGGGGCCAUAACUCAGAUUUUUGAGCUAAAAAUCCAAUUUUUAGUAGACUGGGGUUUUCGGAUACGCUGAGUUCAUUUUUCAACCCUGUUUCACAAAAAAACCAAAAGGGGGGAGGGGUUUGCACAAAAAAAAAAAUCAUAAAAAAAUGUCUCACGAUACAAAAUCUUUAUAAUCUUUUAUGUUCGUUACGUAACAAAAUUCCAUUUUUAUUCCUAAAUAAAUUCACGAGCCCUACCGUUUUGUCUCAUAUUCCGAGCGAACUCAAGCUUUGACGGCCAUUAAACAGUGUCUCAUUACUCAAAAUGGUACGCUUCCGCUAAAUUAAUUUGAUUUUUGGAUACAAUAAAGCCUUCUUUUUCAUUUGGCUACAAUAAAAUUGAUUUACAAAUACAUAUUCAUGGUGAAAAACUAAAAAUAUGUUGAAUCACUUUUGUCUCAGAUUCCGAACACCAUUUUUGUC